AGAUGGUUUUAGAGAUCACACGAUUCCGGGAUGACCAGGAUGGUGAUAUCCCUGUAUUGAAGGAGUCGCAGAGGAGGCGAUUCCACAGCGAAGAGAUUAUUGAUGAGAUCACAAACGCCGAUAGAGCCUGGAGACAAGCUCGCUUCCGAGCAGAUGCGCUGCUCAAGGCCAAGAACUUGGUGAGCAAAGCUUAUGGGCUACUUAUGAGACAGAAGGCAUCAGACACUGGUAGUGCCGAGCUGCCGUCUGAAUUCGACACAGAUCUUACCAAGCUUACGGCCGAUUCUCUACAGACACUAUCGCUACCCCAGCUCAAGUCCGUCCGUGCAACUAUCGACCAAUCUCUAAUCGAUACCAAAACCGAGACGGAGACACAAGAUAAGCUCCGCAUGUCCCUACUACGCUCCGUUGGAAAUAUUGUACACGACAGCGUACCCAUUGAUCAGGAUGAGGACAACAACGAGAUUUACCAUACCUUUGGCGAAACACCUGAGAAGAAAUACUCACAUAGAGAUCUGAUCGAAAUGAUCGAUGGUGUAGACAUUCCAGCAGGCACCAUCGCAGCCGGAAAUCGUGGAUAUUACCUGAAAGGUCCGUGCGUACUGCUUGAGUUUGCAGUUUUACAAUUGGCUAUGACUAUGUUGGUAGGUAAGGGUUAUUCCCCCAUCAUCCCACCCUUUUUCAUGAAUAAGAAUAUUAUGGCCGAGGUUGCUCAACUCAAUCAAUUCGAUGACGAACUGUACAAAGUCACCGCUAAGGCCAGUGAGAAGGAGGAUGACAAGGAAAUCGACGAAAAGUACUUGAUUGCCACUUCCGAGCAGCCCCUUUGUGCUCUCCACAGAGACUCUUACAUCGAGCCUGAAACCCUACCCAUUCGCUAUGCUGGCUUCAGUACGUGCUUCCGCCAAGAAGUUGGUUCUCACGGGCGUGACACAGCCGGUAUCUUCCGUGUGCAUCAGUUUGACAAGAUCGAGCAGUUUGUUCUGACAAGCCCUGAGGAUACUGAAUCAUGGGAGGAGAUGGAGAGGAUGAUCACUAACGCCGAGGAAUUCUACCAGGCGCUGGGUAUCUCCUAUCGCACUGUAAACAUGGUGAGUGGUGAGCUCAACCUUGCUGCGGCUAAAAAGUAUGAUCUAGAGGGCUGGUUCCCCGGGUCCAAGGCGUUCCGCGAACUAGUGUCAUGCUCCAACUGUCUGGACUAUCAAAGUCGCCGGCUUAAGAUUCGUUACGGCAAGCAAAAGCUCGCCAAGGAUGUAAAGAAGGGCCCACAACCAUACGUCCACAUGCUCAACAGUACCAUGGCUGCUAUGACGCGAGUUAUAUGUAUUAUUCUAGAAACUCACCAGACUGAAGAAGGUAUUAAAAUUCCCGACGCACUUAAACCUUGGAUGCCAGAGAAGUUCCAUCUCAUCCCUUUUGUGAAACCUUGCCCUGCGCCGGUGGUCAUAAAGAAGAACAAGGCCAAAAAAUAGGUUGCGAAAUGCGAAUGCUCAAGGAGUCUGCCUCUAUCAGCCGUUUCUCUAAUCUAGUUGUAGCCGGUUAUAAAAAACCAAAAAGAAACCCUUCCCCCCC